GUAAAUUUUCUGACAGGUUAAUUUGAAGCGAGUCCGUACAAAGCAGUGUGUCUCAGAGGACGUUUUACGGUUUGACCUUUGACAGGCUGCUGCGAAUGACAAAUCAAAGGUCGGUGUGAGUGAGCGGAGCCGGCGUUCAAAACGCAUUCUCAGCACGGCACGAGACGGCGCUCCCGGGAGAAUGGUAGAAACUGCUCUGACAGUUGGUCGAUAGCAGCGGAGAUAGCUUCAGCAUCGGCAGAGGGAGCAGCGGCGGCAGCAGCGGCGGCAGCAGCGGUACACUCGCAGGCUCCAUAGCGGCCACACUUGGACCGAAGACAGGCCCGCUGAGAGUGGAGGACUGCAGCACCAUGGACAGCUCAGAUAUGGAUGCCAGUUAUGGAGGAGGGCUGCUGGAUAUGGUGAAGGGAGGAGCGGGGAAGUUUUUCAGCAAUUUCAAAGACAACUUGAAAGACACGCUGAAAGACACCUCCACAAAGGUCAUGUCUCAGGUCUCCACGUACAGCAAAGGGGAGCUGGACAUUUCCUACAUUACGUCGCGGAUCAUAGUGAUGACGUACCCAGCAGAGUCAGUCCAGAUCGGCUACCAGAACCACGUGGAGGACAUCCGCUCCUUCCUUGACAGUCGCCAUGCUGACCACUACACUGUAUUCAACCUGUCACAGAGAAACUACCGCGGCGCCAAAUUCUCCAACAGAGUGUCAGAGUGUAACUGGCCUUCUCGGCAGGCUCCCAGCCUUCACAACUUGUUUGCUGUGUGUAAGAACAUGCACAACUGGCUCAAACAGAAUCCCAAGAAUGUGUGUGUCAUCACCUGCUCGGAUGGCCGUGCCCCCUCAGGCGUUUUGGUCUGUGCCAUGUUCUGCUUCUGCCACCUCUUCAACAACCCGGUUCCCGCCAUGCAGCUACUCAGCGCCAAGAGACCAGGGUCCGGACUCUGGCCCUCACAUCGCAGGUACAUAGGAUAUGUUUGUAGCAUGGUAUCAGAGAAGCCCAGUCUACCCCACUCCAAGCCCCUGGUGAUCAAAGGUCUCACCAUGAGUCCGGUCCCCUGCUUUAACAAGCAGCGCAGCGGCUGUCGACCCUUCUGCGACGUCCUCAUCGGAGAGACAAAGAUCUUCACCACUGCACAGGAAUACGAGAGAAUGAGAGAGCACAGGGUCCAGGAGGGUAAAGUAGGGUUCCAUCUGGGUGUGAGCGUUCAAGGAGAUGUCGUCGUUUCAGUCUACCACAUGAGGUCGACCAUUGGAGGGCGUCUGCAGGCCAAGGUGUCGAACACCCAGAUUUUCCAGAUCCAGUUCCAUACCGGCUUCAUUGCUCCUGGCACCACCGUGUUAAAGUUCAACAAACCAGAACUGGAUGCCUGUGACUCUCCUGAGAAGUACCCUCCACUUUUCCAUGUGGUAUUGGACAUUGAGGUGGAGGGGACAGACAAACAGAAGGACCUGACCCCACCAUGGGAGCAGUUUCCCUGUAAAGACCUCAGCCCCAACAUACUCUUCUCCUGCCAUCAGGAACAUCAGGAUGCUCUGGCUAUCGCUGAGCCAAGCCGGCCCCACGGAGGUCCAGAAAGUCGGGGCCACGGCGAGGAGAGUGAGCCCUCAGACGACGAGAUGCUCUCUCUCUCCAGUCAACGAAGCAGCACCAGCACAGUCACCCCUAAACCCGAACCCCCCGCCCCUGCUGCCCCUCCACCCGCUGAGGAGGUGGAUCUCCUUGGCCUUGAUGGAGAAGACAUCAACCCACCAUGUCCCUCCAAUCAGCCCCCAGCUGCAGCUGCAACCACAGACCUCCUGGGGGAUUUGUUCGGGGCCCCACCACAGCCAACCAGUGUGCCGUCAUCAGCUCAGUCCACACCACAUAAAGUAGUCCCAAACACUGCCUCGCCAUGCCCCUCUCCUGCACCGCCAGUGUUUGAUCCUUUUGGGGCAGGUCCCAUGCCCAAGCCUCAGGACAUGAUGGGCUCAUUCCUUGGACCAGGUAACGCGGGGCAGCCAGACCCCUUCCUGCAUGCUGCUCGCUCUCCAUCACCCACCCUGCAGCCUACAAGCUUUGGCCGGAGUUCCCCCGUCCCACCCACCACACCAACCGUUAAUAUUCAGCAGCAAAACGCCAUGGGAGGAUGGGACUGGAACAGACCAGCCACAACGAGCACAGGAGGAGGUUUUGGUAUGGGCAGUCGUUCUGCAACUACAAGUCCCACAGGCUCGGUCCACAGCACACCCACCCACCAAACAAAGCCAAACACCCUGGACCCGUUUGCUGACAUAGGCAACCUUGGAGGUUCUGGCUUCUCCAGUAAACCCACCACUCCUACUGGAACUACUCCUUCCUUCCCUCCCAUGGGCUCCCCAUCGCGGCCUCCUCCCUCUCCCCAGCACGCCCACACAGGAGCUGGCUUCCCCUCGUGGCAGCCUGGUGCUGGAGGCAGUGGAGGAUGGCAGCCCCAAGGACAGGGAUCCUCCCCGCAGCCAAAGCCCAGCCCGAGCCACACCGCCAUGCCUCACACAUCGCCCCAGAACAGACCCAACUACAACGUCAGCUUCUCUGCUAUGGGAGGGGGCUCGCCCAGCGCUGGGGGGAAAGCACAGGCUGGCAUGGGUACCAAGCCCAAAGCCUCAGAUGCCAACUUUGAUGAUCUGCUGUCUGGUCAGGGCUUCACAGGGACCAAAGAAAAGAAAGGGCCCCGGACUAUAGCAGAGAUGAGGAAGGAGGAGAUGGCCAAAGAGAUGGACCCUGAGAAAAUAAAGAUUCUGGACUGGAUUGAGGGGAAGGAGCGUAACAUCCGAGCUCUGCUGUCUACCAUGCACACGGUGCUGUGGGAGGGGGAGACGCGCUGGAAGCCUGUGGGCAUGGCUGACCUGGUUACACCCGAACAGGUCAAGAAGGUCUACCGCAAAGCAGUCCUGGUCGUUCACCCAGAUAAGGCGACAGGACAGCCCUAUGAACAAUAUGCCAAGAUGAUUUUCAUGGAACUAAAUGACGCCUGGUCAGAAUUUGAAAGCCAAGGACAAAAAGCCCUCUACUAAAUAAAUACUGAGAGGAAGUGAGCAAGGAGAGGAUGUCCCUGCUGAUUCUGUCAUCUUUAACCUACAAACUGUGUCACCACCUCUGGUCAACAUACUGCAGCCACACCCUCAGACAUCUGCCUUUAUACCUGUGCUUUCACCUUUUAACACACAAACAGAACAUCCAGUGGAUCUACAAAGACGGCAAAACACUCAGAAACUACAACGUGAUCUUCCUACCUACCUAC